ACGGUCCGCUUCAGCUCCAUCUCCUCCACACCACACGCUGUGUUUGACAGGGUUUUCACUGCGAGCUGUACCUGAGUUAGAAGGAAAGUCACCAUGACCAUGUCCUACCGCCAAUCUGCAUUUUCCCUCUACUCUCUGCCCCCAACCACGGGCCCCAGGCGGUGUGCAAGCGUCUAUGGCGGUUCAGGUGGGAACGUCAAGGUGUCUUACGCCUCCAACAGCUUCGGCUCUGGUUUUGACCUGUCAGGAGCCCUCGGAGGUGGCAGCAGCAACAACAAUUUCAACAUGUCUGGCAGUGAGAAACAGACCAUGCAGAACCUCAAUGAUCGGCUGGCCUCCUAUCUGGAAAAGGUGCGCUCCCUGGAGACCGCUAAUGCGCAGCUGGAGCGUCAAAUCCGCGAGUGGUACGACAAACAGACCCCCACCGUCAGGGACUACAGCAGGUACCAGGUGAUCAUCGAAGACCUGCGCAAAAAGAUCAGUCUUGCCACCCAGGACAAUGCCAGGCUGAUGCUGCAGAUCGACAAUGCCAGGCUGGCAGCAGAGGACUUCAGAAUCAAGUAUGAAAAUGAGCUGGCAGUGCGCACUUCAGUGGAGGGAGACAUCAUGGGACUGCGCAAGGUCCUGGAUGACCUGACUAUGUCCCGGUCUGACCUGGAGAUGCAGGUUGAGGGUCUCAAGGAGGAGCUGGUCUUCCUGAAGAAGAAUCAUAAAGAGGAACUUGCAGCCAUGCGCAACCAUUUGAAUACCAGCUCUGUGAACGUGGAGGUGGACGCCGCACCUCAGGAUGACAUGUCCAAGACCCUGGAUGCUCUCAGAGCUCAGUAUGAGGGUAUUGCUGAAAAGAACCGCCGUGAGAUGGAGGCAUGGUACAAGGCCAAGUUUGAUGAACUGAACAAGCAGUUGGUGACCAGCACAGAGACCCUCCAGUCCUCCAAAAGUGAGAUCAACGACCUGAAGAGGACCCUGCAGGCCCUGCAGAUUGAACUACAGUCCCAGUUGAGCCUGAAAUCUGCUUUGGAGGGCCAGCUUGAAGAGACAGAGUCCCGCUACAGCCUUCAGAUGAGCCAGCUCCAGCUCAUGGUCGACAGACUGGAGAAUGAGCUGAGUAAUAUGAGGGCAGACAUCGAGAAGCAAUCCGCUGAAUACCAAAUGCUACUCGAUAUCAAGACGAGGCUGGAGCUGGAGAUCGCUGAGUACAGGAGGUUGCUGGAUGGAGGAGAUGUCAAGUCUACUGUUACAACGACUACAACCUUCAAAGAAGUAGAAGUUGUCAAACCCAAACCAGUCAUUUCCCAGAGGAGAAGGGUGGUGAUCGAGGAGAUUGUUGAUGGAAAAGUGGUGAGCCGUACAGAAGACGUGGACACAGAGAUCCUCUCAAAGUAGACGGACAGUAUACCAACAGAUCCAAGCCAAAUUACAAAACAAAACAAAACAAAAUUCAGAUAUGUUUAUGUCUCCCAACAUCUUAAAGGUGCUGAUAGUUUGAUGUUUUCUUUUUUCAUAAAACAAGAUUAAAUGAACGCUUUUAAAUUUGUAGGCAGAUUAUUGUCUGUGCCUAAAUGAUAUUUGUUUGGAUUUCACUCCAAACUGAAUAUCCAGCCCAAACUGCAUCCUGAAAUACCACUUUCACACACUAGAUGGCACUUGGAGUCAAGAGUUAGGUCACAUAGUAUAAAGGUAAUGGAGAUUCAUUCUGAAUCACUUCAUAAUAAUGCUUGCUUCUCAUGUUAAAGGUGUUUUGGGUAUUAUUUUGAAAGCAGUGUGACUGCUGUGACCUCUUUCUCUAAAUUAAAUCACACUUAUCUUUAAAAAAAAUCAUGUGUCCUGCUGUGUUAGGGAUUAUUGCAUCUUUAUUUUUAUUUUCUGAAGAGAAUAAACAUCUGUCUUCCAUUUGA